CACGCUGAGCUCGAACAUCUCCGCCGUCGACACAAGGCCGCGGCGAUGAAGUACUUCCCGCAGUACGCGGGCCUCGUGUCGACGCCGAUGCUCGUCGUGCCGUCGACGCUCUACGUCGUCGCCGCGGUGCUCGGCUCGCGCAUGACGACGCCGGGCAAGCCCGUCUGCGACGUCAAGAACAUGAUGCGGCUCUACAACGUCGCCCAGAUCGCCGUCUGCGGCUACAUGACGCUGGGCCUCCUGCCCGUGCUGGGGUGGCCGAACUUCUUCGGCAUCGACUCGGAGUUCACGGAGGCGGGCGAGUGGUUCGUCCUGGUCCACUACCUGUCGAAGUUCCUCGACUGGUUCGACACCUUCUUCAUCAUCGCCAAGGGCAACGCGAAGAAGCAGCUCUCGUUCCUCCACGUCUACCACCACUCGACCAUCGGCGUCGUCUGGGGCAUCCUCCUCGCGUCGGGCAACGGCAACGGCACGGCGCGCUACGGCGCGCUCAUCAACAGCGUCACGCACGUCUUCAUGUACACGCACUACCUCUGGACGUCCUUCAAGUUCAAGAACCCGUUCAAGGCGCUCCUCACGAAGUGGCAGAUCGCCCAGUUCUACUCGUGCUUCCUCCACGCGGUCCUCGUCCUCUCCGGCGUCUUCGUCGUGGAGACGAAGAUCGACAAGGAGCUCGCCUGGCUCCAGUUCUGCUACCACAUCACCAUGGUCUACCUCUUCACCUUCCAGAUGGCCUGGAUCCCGAAGUGCUACGUGCCCCUCGACGAGCUCGACGACGCCGCGCCCGCCUCCUCGAAGAAGCGCGCGUAGGGCCCCGGCCUGUUGUGUGGCCCCUCGUUACGCCCCUCUAUCG